CAGUAGCUGGAAGCCCUCCCAACAUGGGCCGCCACGCCCGCCUACUUUGGCUGCUGUUCUUCCACGGCGUGAUUCUACCUGAAGCAGCUUGCUACAGGAGGGACAUCAGAGGAUCUGGAGCAAAGUUGGGGAAGGAAAGGCCUAAGAGAACCAUUCAAGACAUGUCUGUGGAACAGCAAGAAGGGAAUGGCCAGGAGCCAGUGGCGAGGCCCCAAGGUGAUGGAAAUUCAGCAACCAUAUUAUCAGUUCUGCCUGCUGCCAUCUCAACUCAGCCAUCUUCUAAACUUGCCUCGAGUUCCUCUGCAUCAGUUCUACCUGUGGUUGACUCAGCACCUGCUAGUCGAAGAGCGCAUGUGCCCAGGCUCAGCCUCCAAGGUGCUGACGGCUCCCCAUACCACACUCCAGCAACAGAUCCCGAGUCAUCCAAACCAUCAGGAGGCUGGGUCCCUGUGCGGCUGGCAGGCAACCAUGGGAGAUGUGCGGGCCGUGUAGAACUCUUCUACCAGGGAGUCUGGGGGACUGUGUGUGAUGACCUCUGGGACCUCCCAGAAGCAAACAUCAUCUGUAGACAACUGGGGUGUGGCUGGGCUGUUUCAGCCCUGAGUGAAGCUUACUUUGGGGAAGGUUCUGGGAAGAUUCUCCUUGACAAUGUGCAUUGCAAGGGACAUGAAGAGCACCUGGAGGAAUGCUCCCACAUUGGCUGGUUUUCUCACAACUGUGAUCACAGUGAAGACGCCAGUGUCAUCUGUUCAGAUGCUGAAUAUGUAACGGCACUAUCAGAUGCCCCAUUUGCUGCCAUGGAAAAAGACAUAGUGGUUCCAGGAAGAUCUCCUUGUGGUGGUGUGAUUACCAGUGCUCCUGGAAAAAUUAAGAACCCCCCAAUGAAUGAAAUGCAUGACAACAUAACCUGUGUGUGGGAAAUCAGGGCAAAUGCCUCUGACCGUGUAAGACUGGCAUUUCCAUCUCUUGAACUUGACUGCACCAAUGAGUAUUUUGAAAUCCUGGAUGGCCCUCCAUCUUCCACGAAGUCCCUGGGGAAACCCUGCAGUGGGGUGCACAUCACCUUUGCAUCCCACUCCAGCUCAAUGACCCUUGUGUAUUUCCGAGGCAUGAACAACAUUGGGAAAAACUUCAUGGCUUAUUACUAUUUUGAAGCCAAAGAGAUGACAUCGAAGACCCCAUAUUUGAUCACCAUCCCCACAGCAACUUCCAAGACAGUAACAGAAAGACCAAAACUUUCAAAUCCUGCACAGCCUACAAAAACUUCCAGUGAGAGUCUUUCACUUCCUCCUGUGCCUGACCCAGGAGAAUGGCCAGAGCUGCGGCUGGUGGGUGGCUCCAAUCGGUGCUCAGGGCGUGUGGAGAUCCUCUACCAGGGAGUCUGGGGCACUGUGUGUGAUGACCUGUGGGACCUGAAUGAAGCUGAGGUUGUAUGCAGACAGCUGAGGUGUGGCCAGGGUGUGUCUGCCCUUGGCAAGGCUUACUUUGGCCCUGGUUCAGGAGAUAUCUUCCUAGACAACUUCCAGUGUGCUGGGGUGGAGCACUUCCUGGGCCAGUGUGCCCAUUCGGGCUGGAAAGACCACAACUGUGGCCACCAUGAGGAUGCUGGUGUCAUCUGUUCAGAUGCUGAAAAACCUCUGUUGGAUGUUCCAGGAGACUGGCCAGAGCUUCGCCUGGUGGGUGGCUCCAGCCGGUGCUCAGGACGAGUGGAGGUCCUUCACCAGGGAGUCUGGGGCACUGUGUGUGAUGACUUGUGGGGUUCAAAUGAAGCUGAGGUUGUAUGCCGCCAGCUAGGGUGUGGUCAGGCUAUUUCUAGUCUCAGUGAGGCCUACUUUGGCCCAGGCUCAGGAGACAUCUUCCUGGACAACCUUCAGUGUUCUGGGAUGGAGCACUACCUCGGCCAGUGUCCACAUUCAGGAUGGUCGGAACACAACUGUGGUCACCAUGAGGAUGCCGGUGUCAUCUGCUCAGAUUCAGAUGGCCCCCCUCCACCCAUGCCGCCAGGUCCUCCUCCAGUUUCUCAGGAUCCAAUAACAGGAGGGAGCAACUCUUGUGGAGGGGUCAUUUCCAGUCUCUCUGGUUCAUUUUCCAGUCCACGGUACCCAGAAAACUAUCCAACAGACAUCCAAUGUGUUUGGGAGAUCCAUGUGGAGAAAAACUUCCGCAUAGAGCUUAUGAUUCCGAGUUUAAACCUGGAAGAUAUCCUGGGAUGUCCCUAUGACUCAAUUGAGAUCUUCGAUGGCCCCAGAAUUGCAUCACUCUCCAUGGGGAAGUUCUGUGCCCCAUCUGCUGUAGUAUUUUUCUCCUCCUCGGACAUCUUGACCGUGGUGUUCCGAAGCGAUUAUAUGACAACAAAUACUGGGUUUUAUGCUUUUUUCAAUGCAAUUUCACAAGAUGGAAGUAAGUCAGAAGACAGACCAGUGCUGCGGCUGGCAGGCAGCUCCGGACAGUGCUCGGGACGUGUUGAGGUCCUCCAUCAGGGGGCCUGGGGCACCGUGUGUGAUGACUUGUGGGACAUGAAUGAAGCUGAGGUCGUGUGCAGACAACUGGGGUGUGGCCACGCCAUCGCUGCUCCUGGAAGUGCCUACUUUGGCCCAGGCUCUGGAAACAUCCUCCUGGACAACAUUCAGUGUUCAGGAAAGGAGAACCACUUUGGCCAGUGCCCCAGCUCUGCCUGGUUAGACCACAACUGUGGCCACCAUGAGGAUGCUGGGGUUAUCUGCUCAGAUGCAGAGGUGACUCCUUCACCCACAGAAGGAAGUAAUUCUUGUGGAGGAGUAAUUUCAAGUCUCUCAGGCUCCUUCUCCAGUCCCUGGUAUCCUACAAACUACCCCACUGACAUGGAAUGCGUCUGGGAGAUACAUGUGGCUGAGAAGUUCAAUAUAGAGCUGACGAUCCCAAGCCUGAAGCUAGAAGACAUCUACGGGUGCCCUUAUGACUUUGUUGAAGUAUUUGAUGGAAAGCAAGUUGCCUCGCUGUCCAUGGGCAAAGUCUGUGCUGGGGCAGAACUCACAUUCCUCUCCUCUUCAAACUCCAUGACAGUGGUGUUCAAAAGUGACGCCAUGAUCACCAACACAGGGUUCUAUGCUCUGUACAACACUGUUCACCAGGAUGAAAGGCAGAAUGGUAUAGCCUUGAGACUGGUGAAUGGCAGCCACAGGUGUGAGGGCCGAGUCGAGAUCUCUUACAAUGGUACCUGGGGCACAGUGUGUGACGACAGCUGGGACCUGACGGAUGCCAGGGUGGUGUGCCAGCAGCUGGGCUGUGGUAAGGCCUUGUCAGCCCCAGCUGAGAGCUACUUUGAUAGAGGCGUGGGCCAUAUCUUGCUGGACGAUGUGCAGUGCAUGGGGGAUGAGGCCAAGGUGUGGCAAUGCACACACCACGGAUGGUUCUCCCACAACUGUGGCCACCAUGAGGAUGCCAGCGUGGUCUGCUCAGGUGCUGACGACACACCAAGCCCAGGACCAGCAGACUCCACUGGUGACAUCAUGACAGAUGAAAGUUUCCGAUGUGGUGGUUUGCUCACAAAUAGUUCAGGCUCCUUCUCCAGUCCUUGGUAUCCUAAAAAAUAUCCCACCAAUGUGGUAUGUGCCUGGGAUAUACGAGUGGAUACUAGUGCUCACAUCAGACUUACCUUUGAAGUGGUCAAGAUGGAAAACUUCUAUGGCUGCCCUUAUGACUUCAUUGAGAUUUUUGAUGGCCCACAAAGUGAAUCAUUUUCACUGGGGAGAUUCUGUUCAGAAACAAUCCCAGUAUUUACGUCUUCUUCAAGCCACAUGAGUGUGGUGUUCCACAGCGACGACAUUGUCACCAACAUUGGAUUCUAUGCAUCUUAUGAGUCGCUGUUGCAAGAUGAGAAAGACAGAGAUGUGGCACUCAGACUGGCCAAUGGCAGCCACCCAUGUGAAGGCCGCGUGGAGCUCUAUUACAACAGCAGCUGGGGCACUGUGUGUGACGACAGCUGGGACUUGAGAGAUGCCCAGGUGGUGUGCCGGCAGCUGGGCUGUGGUGGAGCUGUGGCAGCCGCUGGCCGAGCCCAUUUUGAGCGAGGCCUAGGCCCCAUUGUCCUGGAUGAUGUGGAGUGCAUGGGAACGGAAGCCAGACUGUGGCAGUGUCUGCACGGUGGCUGGUUUGCCCACAACUGUGGCCACCAUGAGGAUGCUGGUGUCAUCUGCUCAGCAUCGUUGGUAAAGCAGCCAGGGAUGUCGGCAUCAACAGGUCUGGACCUGCGGCUGGUGAAUGGGACAAGCAGGUGUGAGGGCCGAGUUGAGGUGUACCAUGCCAACACCUGGGGGACCGUGUGCGACGACAACUGGUCCAUAGAGGAUGCCCACGUGGUCUGCAGACAGCUUGGCUGUGGUCCAGCUUUGUCUGCCCUGCCAGGCACCAGUUUUAGCCCUGGGUCAGGCAGCAUCCUCCUUGAUGAUGUCAACUGCACAGGAAAGGAGUCUUCCCUGGCACAGUGCCCUCACAGCGACUGGCUCACCCACAACUGUGGGCACCAGGAAGAUGCUGGUGUCAUCUGUGCAGAUUCUGCAGCUGCCGGACAUCCAGCAACUUCAGCUCCUGAGGGACAUCCACAUGGUUUCCAUCCAAUAGAUCUGCAGCUGGUGAGACUGGUCAACGGGAAAAGCCAGUGUGAGGGCCGCGUGGAAGUCUACUUCAAUGGGACCUGGGGGUCUGUGUGUGAUGAUCUUUGGAGCAUACAGGCCGCCCAAGUGGUAUGUCAACAACUGGGCUGUGGGGUGGCCCUGGCGGCCCCCAGGAGCAGUCUGUUUGGCGAUGGCUCUGGCCCCAUCUUCCUAGACGAUGUGAAGUGCUUAGGCACAGAGACCAACCUAGGGCACUGCCGCCACCUCGGCCUGUCUGUGCACAACUGUGAUCACCAUGAGGAUGCAGGAGCCAUCUGUUCAGCGGUUAGCGUUGCCUCAGCUUUGGCAGAAGCGGCUCCCUCAGUUGGGCAGCUCACGAUCAGGUUGGUGGAUGGAAAGAACCGGUGUGAAGGGAGAGUGGAAGUCCACCACAAUGGCACAUGGGGCACUGUUUGCGAUGACCUUUGGGGAAUCGAGGAUGCCCAUGUGGUAUGCCGGCAGCUGGACUGUGGGGAGGGUGUCAGCGCCCUUGGGAGUAGCCACUUUGGAGAGGGCGUGGGGAGCAUCUUCCUGGACGACGUGCAGUGCCAGGGCAGUGAGACCUCGCUAGGCCAGUGCCACCACCAAGGCUUAUCUGUCCACAACUGUGGCCACCAUGAAGACGCCAGUGUCAUCUGCUCAGCAUCAGCCACAGAAAUGACAACGUCACCCGUUUCUACCUCAAGCCCAGCUGCAACUUCUGUCCUUGCAACUGGCUCUUCGGCAACUACUCCAUUUAUAAUCCCUCCAACUGACAUAUCGUCAACCUCAACAGAAUCCAGCCCUCUGAGAGAUGCAGCUUUGGUCUCAGCAGAAGAGGAGACACCCUCUGAUUCAUCUUCAGCCUCAGAAGGAGAGGAAACAUCCUCAGAUGUAUCUUCAUCAGUGGGAGUGACCUCCUCUGACAUUUCUUCAACCUCAGCAGAAACAAGUUCUUCAAAUGAUGCCUCUUCAGCCUCAGCAGAAGAUACCUCCUCUGAUACAUCUUCAUCCUCGGCAGAAGUGAAGAGUGGAGAAAAAACUGAUGCAUCUUCAGCCUCAGCAGAAGAUACCUCCUCUGCUAUUUCUUCAAAUUCAGCGGAAGCGAGCUCUUCAACUGAUGCCUCUUCAGUCUCCACAGAAGAUAGCGCCUCUGAUGCUUCUUCAGCCUCAGCUGAAUCCAGCUCUCCAUCUGAUGCAUCUUCAUCAGCAGAAGAUCCAUCCUCUGACAUUUCUUCAACCUCAGAAGAAUCAAGUUCUCCAAAUGAUGCCUCUUCAGUCUCCACAGAAGAUACCUCCCCUGAUACUUCUUCAGCCUCAGCUGAAUCCAGCUCUCCAACUGAUGUGUCUUCAGUCUCAGCAGAAGGGAAGAGUGGAGAGCCAACUGAUGCAUCUUCAGCCUCAGCAGAAGAGACUUCUUCAGAUGCCUCUUCAGUCUCCAAAGAAGAUACCGCCUCUGAUGCUUCUUCAGCCUCAGCAGAAUCAAGCUCUCCAAAUGAUAUGUCUUCAACCUCAGCAGAAGGGAAGAGUGGAGAGCGAAGUGAUGCAUCUUCAACCUCUGCAGAAGAGACAUCCUCUGAUAUGUCUUCAACCUCAGCAGAAUCGAGUUCUAAAACUGAUACAUCUUCAUCCUCAGCAGAAGAGACAAGCUCCUCUGAUACUUCUUCAACCUCGGCAGAAGCGAGCUCUCCACAUGAUGCCUCUUCAGUCACAGCAGAGAAGAUGUCUGAUACUUUUACAGCCUUAGCAGAACCGACUUUUCUAAGCGCCACAGUUCCAACUUUGAUAAAAGUGACCCUGCCACCUGACUUGACUCUGCGCCUGGUAGGCGGGCGAAACCGCUGUGAGGGCCGGUUGGAGGUGCAGCACCAGGGGAUGUGGGGAACCGUAUGCGAUGAUCGCUGGAACAUCAAGAAUGCCCGAGUUGUGUGCCGCCUCCUGGGCUGUGGCCAGGCGCUGGGUGCCCCUGGCAGAAGCCACUUUGGGGCAGGCACAGGCCCCAUCCUGAUGAAUGAAGUGCGCUGUUCCGGCAGAGAGGACUCUCUGGAGAACUGUGCCCAUGCUGGCUGGAUAAGGCACAACUGCCACCACUAUGAGGAUGCGAGUGUGGUCUGUGCAGGUCCAACCGACUCUCUUGUGCCCAAGGAUAACGCUCAGCUGUCUUGUUUGCCUCACCUCUUCCAAGCCGUCAUUGACCGAGGCUAUCUCCGGAGAUUAGGCUACUCCUCCUGGGACAUCCACUUAAAUGAUAAGAUGUGUCGCCCCCAAGUCACCGGGCGUUACCUCAUCUUCAAUAUUCCUUAUGGCCACUGUGGCACCCUGAGGCAGGAGCAUCAAGGCUCUCUCAGCUACUCUAACUCCAUCAGAGGCAGAACGCAAGGCCACCCUGGCCGAGUCAUUGUGAGGCACAGGGUGCCCCAGGUGAAGUUCACCUGCAAAGUGGAUGGCCAGUCUGCAGUUGAAAUUGUGCAUGGGAGCGACACACAGAAGGAUGAUGUCAGCUAUGAUGUGUCGAUUUCAUUCCUCCAGUCACCUGUAUCUCAGGAUAUGGGGGUUGGAGCUCCUGCUUAUACCCAUCAGAGGGAAGAGGUCUUCCUCCAGGCCACCCUCCACACCCACGAUCCCAAUCUGAGGCUCGUUGUGGAUACCUGUGUGGCUUCUCCUGACUCCAGUGAUUUCACAACUGUCAAGUAUGAUUUGAUCCAGGAAGGGUGCAUCCGAGACAACUCCUACUCUAACCUCCAUGCCCCUGGGAAGAACGUGGCCCAGUUCAAGUUCAACGCCUUCAGCUUCCUCAAAAGCUACGAUGUGGUCUACCUGCAGUGUAAGGUUGCCAUUUGCCGAAUCGGGGACCACUCUCCCCGAUGCUCACAAGGCUGUACAAAGCGAGGGAGGAGAGGCGCAGGCUCGGCAGAGGCCACGGAAGAACAAACUGAGUAUUUCCGAACAGUGGGGCCGCUGAAGAUCCACAGAGCAGAUAAUCAGAGCAAGGCCCUGGUGUGAUCGCUCGCUCUCACUCUCCCAUGAGUGUGUCAGAAAACCGGAAGCAAGGUCUGUUUCUUACCAGGAAGCAAUGUUUAGUCACUCCGAAGCCAGACAUUGACCACACCAUCUGCACUACCCAUUCAGAUGGGUGGAAGAACCCAAGAGAUUACUUCUCUGGGGCUUGUUACUAAGUAAUCUCUGAGCACUAACUUCUAACACAGUUGCCCUGUUUGUAGGCAAGAAAAAGAAAAAAAUGCUGAUUUUGUUAUUCUUCACUCUCAAGAACUUGAUCACUGUCUCAAAAUGCACAAAAUAUUAGAAAAAGCAGGGUUGUCUCUCUUUACACCAUGGGCAAUUAGAGAUUGUUUAUAAAUGUCUACUUACUAUUUGGGUGCUGAUAGGUGGGUGGGCCUCUUUCUGUUCUUCUGGAAAUGUGAGAAUUCAUUUCUAGAUCUUGCCAGUAAUCUUGUAAAAAAUAAUAAUAAUAAAGUGUUUUCUGGGAAA